GAGGUCGUAUGCAUCCAUGCGCGCUUUACCGAAGCUCCGAUCAGUAGCGCAGGAGCAAGUAUCGGGAGUAGUUGGUAGAUGCAGAGUUUUUUCGUAACAUCCUGCCUCGUCUAAAAGACGAGUGGCUGGUACGCCAGGGAGACUAUUCGCCGUCGUGGUUCCGCGUGUACGUGCCUGAAAAAUGUAAUAUGGCGAUGGUCGCGUCGAACAUGAGUGGCCACAUACAGAAGCAGCUCACCAGAAGUCUCGAGCGAAUCCUGGAGGAAGCGCACUUGAGCGGCGAGCUUAAGCUCAGCGGUCGAAAGUUGAAGGAUUUUCCAAAAGUCGGGAAAACAGGCUCUAGCAAGUACAAUCUUCAGGAUACAGUUUUCGCCGAUCUCUCGAAAAACCGUUUCGCCGAACUACCGGAAGAGGUCACGGAAUUUCCGUUUCUCGAGAAGUUACAUCUCUACCACAAUGCUAUAAGAAUAAUACCGGAAACGGUGGUGAUGCUCCAGUCCCUCAACUACCUCGAUCUUAGUCGCAACCAAUUGACGUCUCUACCUCGGGAGAUAUGCAGGCUACCGCUGCAAACGUUACUGGUCGCUCACAACAGAUUGGCGUGUUUGCCGGACGAAUUGGGCAGAAUGUCCGCGUUGGCCGAGCUCGACGCGGGCUGCAACGAAAUCACGAGCCUGCCACCGAGGAUGGGCGACCUUUCCCGACUCAGGUCUCUAGACUUGAGGAGCAACAUGCUCGUGCAUUUGCCUAUAGAACUGACGUACCUGAGGCUCGUGAAGCUGGAUAUCAGCGGCAACCGAAUAUCCGUACUUCCGAACGAGAUGAGGACGAUGAAAAGCUUGGUCGACUUUCGGCUGUCCGAUAAUCCUUUGACCUCGCCGCCUGCCUCGCUAUGCAUUCGCGGGCGAACGCACAUCUUCAAAUAUUUGGAGAGACAGGCGGCGAAACACGAGAGAGCGAGAGGAGGCCGCGCGAGGAGAACGCCGAUGGACGUGAGAGGUCACGCGACCUUAGACACGAGGGCUCACAGGCGACACAACGUCGACAGCGGAUACAGCACCAGCGACGGCGUCGACAAACGCUGGUCGCAAGAGAUUCACAGCGCGGUGCACGAUGGCGAGAUCCGAGGGCUGUGGCGUCAAGAGUGUUCGCCCCUUUCGAUCACGCUGCCGCACGAGACCAGCGUAAACGGAUCGUCCUGUAGCGGGACCUCGACACCUAGUACCAUCUCGCCAGGCGAGCACACGUCUCUCGCGGACGAGCUCGGCAAGGCCAUGAUACUGCACGAUCAAUUGGAAAAGAGGAAACUAGAGAGAAGCACCUCGGAGAAUGGUGCCGCCGAUGUCAGAAGACCUAUGACCUCUGGCCUCUAUCACGCGUCGAUUACGCCACCCGGACCCCUCGAAUCCGGUCAUCCGAGUCAAACUACGUCGGCGUCGAGCAACACCCAAUCCGUGCAACCCUUGCAAACGUCCGCGGCGAUCGCUACCUCUUUGAUCAACGGGGAGGAGAAGAGGCCGCUUAAUCACAUUCAAACGUACAGAGAGUACAAAGAGGCGUUGAGGCAACAGAGGGCCAACGAGGGGCCGAGCGUGUACAGGCCUCGAGAACAGGUCACACCACCAGGCAACGAAUCGCAGAACAACGACACGGACUCGGCCAACAACAAAGAGGCGAUCGCUAUGACCGGUAAGCAGAUCUUCAACGAGGAGAACGCGACCAAGAGACCAGUGCAGAAGGUAACACCGUCACGCAUCAACUACCAGAACACGCCGAUUAUCAACGGUAGCAAUAACGAAUACAACAAUAAGAACGGGAAAUACCUCGAGCAGCCGUAUAAGAAGCCUAACUCGCCGAUCAAAACGUCCUCGAGCAUUUUGUCGUCCAACAGCAGCCCCGGGCAUACUCCUAGGCUGGUGAAGACCGCGGUUAGUUACGUCGAAGGUAGCAACAAGAGUCCCAGCAGAAACGGCGGGAGUCCCAAGUCUCCUCGGUCGGUUACUUGGAACAGCAACGUGCCAGAAAAGUAUUCCUUCACCAUGAGAAGAGAGUUCGAACGUGCCAAGGAGGAAGCCGACUUGAUCGAGCAGCUUCGAAACCACAUUGAAACACGGCUGAAGAUGGCUCUACCGGAAGACCUUGCCUCCGCGCUGACAGACGGAGUUGUACUCUGUCACUUGGCGAACCACGUGAGACCUCGAUCGGUUGCCAGUAUCCACGUUCCUUCGCCGGCCGUGCCGAAAUUGACGAUGGCGAGAUGCAGGCGCAACGUCGACAACUUCCUCGAGGCGUGUCGGAAGAUAGGCGUCGACGAGAAUCUCGUGUGCUGCGCUAGCGACGUGCUGGAGGGUGGUCGGGGAGUGGUUCGAGUCGCCGUUACCGUCUCCGAACUGCUCAGGUUCCAUCAGUCACGCUCGCCGUUGCAGACAUCUUCGUCGAACUUGCCGAACCACGUGCCUGCUUAGCGCCAGACAAUAUAAUUCACUUCCCGAAAGGAAUACUCGUCGACCAGAGGAAAACAGAAGCGGCCGCGUUUUCCCAAGCUCUCUCUCUCUCUCUGACCAACAAACGAUGGACCCAACAGCCCAAGCAACGACGCUUCGCCGCGUUUUUAUAC